AUGAGGGCUUGUAGAUCGGCUAUUCUUUCGGGUUUGUUUCGCUGUAAAAUUUCAAUCGAGAGUGAAGAGAACAUACAGGGCAUGAAUGUUAUGUACACCCCGCCAGUGUUACACUCGCAAAUACAAGGAUAUUGCAUUUUUCGGUCUACAUUGUCACCCCGGCUGAGGCCCAUCGCAGAAUGUGUGCUAAAAAAGCUUUGCCCUACCAACCGACACUCAAAGAUCGAAAUCAUCUUUGGCACCGAAUGCAAUCUUCACUGCGGUUUAGACAGGUCGCAGUGCAUAGAUCUCGUACCUGUGCAGAAACCAUUCUUGGAUAUGGUAACAAUUGCCAACCCCAGAAACGAUUUGGCGUCACCUCAGCUAUAUAACUUAUCAGCUCGCUGA